AUGCGCUCAGGCAAGUGCGAGCGAAGGGUGGCAUGCCGAGCCCUGCGGGUUGCGGCAGAGACCCCGGGGCUCGAGGCGACGAGGCAUCGCUGAGGCUGACCCUGACUGACCGUGAUCCCCUGUUGCCCUGUGUCUGCCAUUGCGAACCACAGCUAUCUCGACAGAGUUAAAGUGACUUUUAAUGAUCAGGCCGAAGGUAUGCUUGACUUUUCCCUGUCCCGGGCUUACUUACACGUGCAGCUAGCUGACGAUGAGGCAUCGCUCGACUUGACCGGUCGCAUCGGUCCACCCCAUCAGUGUACGAUCGCUUCUUGACGUGAGUAGAUGACCCGCAUUCCAUCGUUUCAUUCUGCCAACCAAGUGACACUGAUGCCCGGUGUUUCUUGCCUGUGUGUAGGAUCAUGAAAGAGUUCAAGAGCCAAGGCAUCGACACUCCGGGCGUCAUCGAACGAGUUAGCACCCUGUUCCGCGGGCACCCGGCGCUCAUUCAGGGGUUCAACACCUUUUUGCCGCCUGGCUACCGCAUCGAAUGCUCUGUCUCGUCCCAGAACGAGGCCGAAGGGGGUAUGACCAUCACCGUCACCACCCCGAUGGGCUCGACGACGCGUACCCAAGUGCCCGCGAAUGCUUCGGCGUCUGCGGCCGCAAACCCCUCGACCGCCAGCGCUCCGACGUCGCGUUCGACUUUGCCACUGGCGCGUUCCCCAUUAGCGACUUCGACGACCGCACCUAAGGAUGUCGCUCACCUUUCGCAGCCAGCACAGCCUGCUUCCACCGGCCAAACACCCUCUAUAGGUCGAAAAGACGUCAAAACCGAGGUGCAAGCGCCAAGUGGGCCAUCUGGCUCUGCGAUCAGCGGCGGUCCCCCGCUACCGAACUCCGCUCCGGCCGCUGCUGCGCCUCCCACUGCAACUGCUCCUGCACCAGCCGAUGCUGCUGCCAAGCCACCUAUGGAGUUCAACCACGCCAUCAAUUACGUCAACAAGAUCAAGAACCGCUUCGUUAGGGAGCCCGAUACGUACAAAGCGUUCCUCGAGAUCUUGCAAACCUACCAAAAGGAAGGCCGUGCGAUCCAGGAUGUGAGUGCUCUUCCCUGUCGGUGCGAUGCGACGAUGCGAGCUUUGUACUGACAUUCUUCGUCUCGCUACAGGUCUACGCCCAAGUCACCAUCCUUUUCCGCUCCGCACCGGAUCUGCUUGACGAGUUCAAGCAAUUUUUGCCCGACACCUCGGCCGAAGCCGGAGCACAACCCCAAGUGGGACAGCCUGUACCUGGCCCGCGAGGACCCACCGCCGUCGCUGGCCAGAAGAGACCGGCUACGACCACGUCCAAAGGCGCCGGCGAGCCCACAAGCGCAAAAAAGGCCAAGACGGGCAAAAACAAGGCCGCGCCGGAGAAAGCGGGCAAACGAAAAACCGAGCUCAAGGACCCGACUCGCAAAAGUUCGGGUGUCGAUGGGACGACCAACACCGAUGCCGAUCCUUCGAUGGGCACCUACACGCACCCUUCGCACCCUGCCCCGUACGGGCAAUCAUACCCCGUCGCGGGCUACGGCACUCAACCGCAGGUCCUCCCCGUCGCCUAUGCUUACGAGGCACCCCUUCCCCCUCCCCCGGCUCAACCGCUGCUCGCCCCCAAACCGCAUGCGAGCGUCAACGACAUUGCUUUUUUCUCCCGCGUCAAGGUUCACACGAACGACCAGGCGACCUAUUACGAGUUCCUCAAGCUGCUCAAUCUAUACACGCAAGACAUCAUUGACUUGACCGCGCUCGUGUCUCGCGCGUUCCUGUUCAUCGGCCAGGAUGCGCUCCUCUGGCGUGAGUUCCGCGACAUUGUCGGCUGGACCGAUGGAAAGCCUAUCGGCGAUACUGGCGGACGGAUCGAGGUGGUCGACGGUAUUCGAGUAAUUGAGAACGUCCCCACCGUCGAUGGGCCGAAGCGCGCGAGAGCCGACGACGGCAAGCUGUGGGAGUCGUACGGCCCGAGCUACCGCAAGCUGCCGCCGACCGAAAUCUCGCUCAAUUGCUCCGGUCGCGAUGCGCUGUGCUGGGAGGUGCUGAACGACGAAUGGGUCUCGCAACCGUCUUGGGCGAGUGAUGAAGGAUUCGCCGUCAAGCGACAGAACCCUUUCGAGGAAGCGAUGCACAAGUCCGAAGAGGAGCGACACGAGUACGACUACUACAUCGAAGCCAACCUCCGCACGAUCGCCUUGCUCGAACCGAUCGCGACUCGGAUCGCCAUCAUGGAGGCCGACGAGCGGGCGACGUUCCGUCUCAAGCCCGGACUCGGGAAUCAGAGCAAGAGCAUCUAUCAGCGCGUCAUAAAGAAGGUGUACGGCAAAGUCGCUGGCCGUGAGGUCAUCCAGGCGCUGCAUGAGAACCCUUGCGUCGCGGUGCCCAUCGUCUUGGCGAGGCUGAAGCAAAAGGACGAAGAGUGGAAGCGAGCCCUGCGGGAGUGGAAUCGUGUAUGGCGAGAAAACGACGCUAAAAACUACUGGCGCUCACUCGACCAUCAGUCGAUCUCGAUCAAGGCCAACGACAAGCGCCUGCUGACGCUGCGCCACCUCGUCACCGAGAUUGAGACGGUCAAGCGACAACAACGACAACGUGCUUCAGGCUCGAAUCGACCUUGGACAAUGCCGAGCUACCAGCUGCAGUACGAGCUUGUCGAUCGCGGCGCCAUGUUCGACACGAUGCGACUCGUCUUUUCUUACCUCGAUCGCACGAGUGCGAUUUCCAACUCGGAGAAGGACAAGGUCGAGACGUUCAUGCGUCAGGUGCUACCUCUGCUUUUUGCGCUCUCACCCUCUGAGUUCUCGCUGAUGACGAUGCCCAUCGGAAGAGGUGCGGGCGACGAUGACUCGGAGUCGCUCGAAGGUGCGAGUGAGGCCGGCACGAGUGGCCUCGAUGAUGUGACGGAGGUGACUUCGUCGAUAGGUGGCAGCGCGACGGGGCAUUCGAGGCGAGCAGGUCGCAAGAUGGGCAGCGACCUACGCAAGAAGGCGCUCAAGAACGCCGUCGGCCCUGCGCGUACAUCGGGUCGUGAACCGGGACGACGGAGCAAGGUCUCGUCGCCGGCACCGAGCUCGCGUGGCGCUUCUCCCGCCCCCACACCCGCAGCGGGCGAAACAGAUCAGGUCAUGGCGGACGCUCUGCCCACGGUUUCGGGCUUGGCCUCCAUGGUCACACCCGAAGUCGAAGCUGAAGCAGGCAUUCCCGAGGUGAACGUCAUCGACAGCUCCCGCGAGCAAUCCGCUGAUGUCGCCUCUCCCCAGUUGGGCGGGGCCGAUGUCAUGACCGUCGGUGAAACCGUCUCGGCCGACAUGUCACGCGAGCCUUCGGCGAGCAACACUCUGCCCGACGCGACGGAUUCGCCCGAGCUCGUCAUCCCAGUCGAGGACAAGCCUCGGGGCGUCGAUGUGCGGAAACAGUGGAACGUGUUCGCCAACUCGAACUUGUACGGGCUCGUUCGCGUCUUCCAAGUCAUCUACAGUCGCUUGGUCUUGCUGAAAACGUCAGCAACAGUCGUGGCCGUUCCCCCACCUCGUGAACCCAUCACGGAGAAGAGCGUUCCUUCGCUGUCGCUGUCGUUGACGAUGGCGCCUCCCGAGCAGUUCGCAGCGCCUUCACCGACUGGGUCCGCCUACUACCAGCGCGCGCUCGCUUUGUGUGAAGCCUUAUUCGACGGUCAGAUUGAUCAGAUGGUGUUCGAAGAAAAGCUCCGUCACAUGUUCGCCACGCAGGGUUACAUGCUCGCCACGAUCGACCGUCUGAUCCACAACCUUGUUCGAUUGGCCACGGCUUCGCUAGGCGAUGGCAAAACGCAGGACCUCGUCGAAUUAAUCGAGCAAGAUCGCUCGCACUCUGAUCGAUCGACACCGCAGCAGCAGAUGUUCUACCGCGCCCAAGCCGAAAGCGCGCUCGGGAAUGACGAAAACCUGUACCGCAUCGAAUGGGUCCCUUCCUUGCGACGACUGCGCUUCCAGUUGCUCGGCAAGGACGUGUUAACGACGGAGGAUAUGGCCGUCGCCGAUCAGGAGUGGAAGACGUACAUGGAGCAAUAUGUUCUUGCCGAUAGAACGCCGGGACUGAACACGGAGCCAGAGACGCCCUUCCUGACAAGGUGAGCAAACGAGCUUGUGAUCCGUUUCAUGCAUCGUUUGGGAAAAGUUGCUGACUUCGAGUGUCUAAUCUCCACAGAAACUUGCGCAAGACCGCCACGUCCGGCUCGACCGCCAUCCCUGCAUCCGUGACGGCUCAUCCAGGCCUACAGAGCAAGAUCUGCAUGCGCUCGUACCGCAUCUUCUACGUCGCGCACACCGAAGACUUACUCCUUCACCGUCGCUCAUCCGCCCCCGACUUAACUCAACUCCGCGCAAGUCGUAGUGCGGCUUUCGAGGACUGGCUCGAGAAGAAGAAGGAGGCGUUGGGGGAGAAGGCCAAGUUGAAGGAUGAGCAGAGGGCUCAGGCGUUGGCGAAGAAAGCUUCAUUGGCGGAGGCGGAGGCUGCGAAGGUCACUGCUACUACGGCGGCGGCGGCGACGACGACGAAAAUUGAGGAAACACCAUUCAACACGGAGACAACUGUUGUUGCUGCUGCUCCGGAAGCCAUGAAAGAGCCCGUGUCGGUCACGGCCACGAUUGCCGAGACGGCAACGCCAGCCCCAUCCGAGGCGACGACGACCACCACCACCACUGCAGCGGCGGCGAUACCCGAUGAAGAUGUUAAGAUGGCGGAUGCUUGA